AUGGAUGAGUUGGCUGCACGAUUGGAAUGUCACCGUGAUCUUCGACGAGACUGCGUCCAUAUCGAUAUGGAUGCCUAUUUUGCAGCAGUGGAAAUGCGUGACGAUCCAAGUCUUCGUACCGUACCGAUGGCCGUUGGUUCAUCGUCAAUGUUGAGCACAUCGAACUAUCUGGCUCGUCGAUUCGGCGUCAGGGCGGCUAUGCCAGGCUUUAUCGCUAAAAAGCUGUGUCCGCAGCUCAGACUUGUUCCUGGAAACUACAGCAAGUAUACGAGGAAAGCCGUAUCUCUUCGAAGCCGAUUUUUGCUGAGAGGAUGGACGAGGAUCUUUCGAUGGGGCUCACGACGAUACGGUGGUGAAUGCAUCUGUUGGCUGCCUUUGAUGACCGAAGAGGAUUGUCCCCCCUCUGCGACGGAAUCUUGCAAAAAGUGCGGCAAGGAGCGAAAAGUUUAUGAAGAUGAAGUCGAGUUCGGAAUAAGCCGCGCUGAGGUAGUGCGAGAGAUUCGCUUCCGUGUUGAGCAAGCAACAGGGCUAACGUGUAGUGCUGGUAUCGCCCCGAACUUUGCGACUGGCAAGAAAUUUGCUCAGAUAUGGAAUAAGCCCAAUGAAAAAGUCAAUAUUGACAAAGAGUGUUUCCUGCGUGUUGCUCUCGGACUACCUGGCCGCCCAUCGUCGUCAGAUCCACGUAGAAAGAGUAUUUCUACGGAGAGAACAUUUACAUCGACGUCGAAUCGUGAAGCAUUGGUGGAGAUCAUGGAAGAUGUUUGCGACAUGCUUAUUAAAGAUAUGAAACGCGCAGGAAUUGUUGGUGGUCGAUGCGUCACUCUGAAACUGAAGCUGUCAUCAUUUGAUGUACUUACACGUUCGGAGACUCCAGGGCGGCUUGUGUCGAGCCGUGAAGAGAUCCUUUCGAUAACUCGUGAAGUGCUAGACCGUGAAUUGCCAAAUGAGUUUCGUUUGCUAGGCAUACGACUCAGUCAUUUACAGUUUGAAGAUGAUCGACCUUCCGGAGCGCCGAUUUCUGUGUUGGACUUCUGGAAGCGACAGCAACUCGCAGACUCCAACUGCACCACCAGUGACCAACCGUCAUCGUCGGUAACGUCAGAACCGCCUUGCUCUUCAGAUGAAAAAGUUCCGUGUCCGAUUUGUGGAUGUCUGUUGAAGAACGACGACAGAGAAGUGAAUCGGCAUGUGGACGAGUGUCUCAACGCUGCUAUGCUUCUGGAAGAGGAUCCUCAGAUGAAAUCUGAGCCUAAGCCACCAAAGAAACGAAAAGCUACUAUUGAGAAUUUUCUUGUGAAAAGGGAGCGAAAAUAG